GUUCUCAGUAACGAGGUACAUAGGUAUGAGUCCAGUACAUAUAGAAGCUCGUCUCGGCACUCUGAGCUCAGUUUACAGAGAUACUUAGCUCGGCGACCAGUUCGUUGGAGGCGGCGAAAUGAAUUACUUGUGCCUGAUUCUGUGCGUCACUUCUGUGGCCAGUCAAGCCUCCGAGGAGAUCUACCAGCUGCUGGCCAAGAGCCAUGCCAACCAGAACCUCAUCGUCUCGCCCGUUUCGAUAGAGACCAUCCUGAGCAUGGUCUACAUGGGUGCCGGAGGGUCGACAGCUCGGGAGCUGCAGAGUGCCCUGAGGCUGCCAUCCGGGGACAAGCAGGCGGUGGCCACCAAAUACGGAGCACUGCUCAGCCGGCUCCAGGGGCAGGAGCAGGGCGGAGCCACUCUGAAGCUGGCCAACCGCAUCUACGUGAAUGAUCAGUACAGCCUGCAUGCGGAAUACAACCUGGCCGUGAGGGAACCCUUCCGGGCCGAGGCGCAGUCCAUUAGCCUGGCCAACGGCCCUGGGGCCGCCGCGGGGAUCAAUCAGUGGGUGCUCGAGCAGACCAGUGGCAAGAUCAAGAACAUGAUCGAACCCGGCAGCAUGACCGCCGACGUCAAGGCUUUGCUGGUGAACGCCAUCUACUUCAAGGGCCAGUGGGAGUCCAAGUUUGAACCGGUGAAGACCAGAGCCGCCAGCUUCCAAGUGACCGCCGACAAGAGUGUGCCCGUCCAGAUGAUGAUGCAGAUGGGCAUGUUCAGGGCGAACUACUUCCGAGACCUGGACGCGCAGGUGAUCGAGCUGCCGUACCAGAACUCCAACCUGUCCAUGACCAUCUUCCUGCCCCGCGAAGUCGGCGGCUUGGGCUCUCUGGAGGAGAAAAUCGGUGGCUUCGCCAGACCGCUGGAGGCCAAGGAGGUGUAUGUGAAGCUGCCCAGGUUCAAGAUCGAGUUUCGUGACGAACUUAAGGAGACCCUAGAGCAGCUGGGCAUCCGAGAGCUUUUCACUGACAACUCGGACCUGAGCGGCUUGUUCGGCGAUAAGUCAGGCGGAAAAGUCAGCCAAGUCUCGCACAAGGCAUUCCUGGAGGUGAACGAGGAGGGAGCAGAGGCCGCGGCUGCCACAACUGUAGCCGUCACGAAUCGAGCGGGCUUUUCCAUGUUCUUCGUGGCCGACCAUCCCUUUGCCUUCGUCAUCCGCGAUGCGAGUACCAUAUACUUCCAGGGCCGUGUUGUUAGCCCUUCCAAGGCCACGUGGUCACUUUUGCUGCUCCAGGGCUUGAUUCUGGCUAUGGCGAACACUCUUAACUACUCCAAAAGCGCUGCCGGGGAGGCUCAGUUUGCCUCGAAGCUUUAUGGCCAAUUGGCCAAGUCCCAGCCUGGCCGGAAUAUCGUCCUCUCGCCCUCGUCCAUCAGGACUGGCUUGGCCCUGGCCUUCCUAGGUGCCGAUGGCAGCACCGCCGAUGAGCUGAGGCAGGGAUUGGGCCUGGAGGGCACUGACAAAAGCGAGGUGGCACAGCUCUUGGGCAAAGGGCAGCGACAGGUGGGGAAUGGAGACAAGGGCGAGGACGAGGACGAGGACGAAGACGGGGCCAAAUUGAGGUAUGCCAAUCGGAUUUACGUGGCCCAGCAGUUCCAGCUGGCCCAGGCCUAUCAGGACUUGGUCAGCUCAAACUUCGCAGCAGCGGCCGAGAAUGUGAACUUCGCCCAAAGUGCGGAUACUGCCAAGCGCAUUAACUUCUGGGUGGAGGAGCAGACCAACCAGCAAAUCAAGAACCUCAUCGCUCCGGACUCACUUGACGCAGGUACGGCCGCCAUCCUGGUCAAUGCCAUCUACUUCAAGGCCAACUGGCUGAGCACAUUCCCAGACUACGCCACUUAUGCCCGCGACUUUGUCAAUCACGGAGGUCGGAAGGUGAGCGUGGACACCAUGGCCCAAGAGGAUUACUUUAGGUUCGCCGAACUGCCCGAGCUGAAGGCAAAGGCCUUGGAAUUGACCUACAUCGGCACAGACAUCGUGUUCCUGAUCAUUUUGCCCCAGGAGGAGCAGGGACUGGCCUUCCUCGAGGAGCAACUGAACGGCCUAGACCUUAAUGACAUAAGCUCCCAGUUGAGCAGGCAGAAAGUACAGCUGCAGCUGCCCAAAUUUAAGUUCGAGUUCGAUGUCCCCCUGCAGCCAGUCCUUGAGGAGUUGGGCAUUAAGAAACUAUUUAGUCCUGAGGCGAGUCUCAGCGGUCUUCUCAGGGAGUCGGCCCCGCUUCGCAUCUCGGAGGUGAAGCACAAGGCCAUAAUCGAGGUCAACGAAAAGGGCACUACUGCCAGCGGAGCAACCUUUGUCAAGGCUGAGUUGGAAUCCUUCUUGGAGGGAGAGGAAAUAUUCGAGUUCACGGCGGAUCAUCCCUUCUUCUUCGCCAUUAAGGACGCACAGAGAACCAUCUUCCUGGGACACGUCAGCCAGUUCUGAUUCGGAAUAAUGCGAUAAGUUAAUACACCAAAACUCAAUAUGUUCUGCUGUCCGCAUCCAAUAAAUGCCAAUCUUCGAUGUCAA